GACACUGGGCGCGGGGCGGGCUCGCGCGGGGCCGCGGCCGGCGGGGAGCGCGGCAACGGCAACAGCGAGCGGAGCGGUGCCUGGGCCCGGCCGCGCCGCCGAGGCAGCUCUGAUUAUUAACAGGAAAAUAAAACUUCUGAAGCAGAAAGAAUGUGGCUUACCUUUUGCCUGAAAAGGUGAAACUUUUCGAGUAGAAAUGGCUGAUAAAGGUGGAAAGAUCAUUCCAGGACAAUUGUACAUUGAAGUAGAGUACGACUAUGAGUAUGAGGCCAAGGACAAGAAAAUUGUGAUUAAGCAAGGGGAGAAAUACAUCUUAGUGAAAAAGACUAAUGAUGAUUGGUGGCAAGUCAAAAGAGAUGAGAAUUCCAAACCCUUUUAUGUGCCAGCACAGUACGUGAAGGAAAUACCACGAAAAGCACUGAUGCCACCUGUAAAGCAGGCAAGCAUGAUGCCAAAUAACGCUUUGAAGUUGACACAUGGAUUACAGAGAUCAACAGAAAAUGUGAAUAAGUCACCAGAACUUUCUAGUUUUGGAAAAUCUUCUCCAGUUCAAGUGUCUUGCCUAGUUCGAGAUGCCAAUCAAAAUCUGGGACCAAACAAUAGCCCUGGUCAAACUCUUGGUUUGAGUCUGGACCUUACCCAAAACAAUGGAAAACUUAACAAUGAGUUGCAGUCUCCGAAGGUUUCCAAUCAGUAUAGAACCAUCUCCAUGGGUCAUUUCCCAUGUCCAGAGUUCUUGGAAAUAGAGAAGACCAGCUUUUUACAUGAACAAUCUUGUGAUUCAGCAGGAGAAGGCUCAGAAAGAAUUCACCAAGAUUCAGAGUCUGGAGAUGAACUCAGUAGUAGCUCCACAGAACAAGUGCAGCCAACUACUCCACCAAGCCAAGGGAGGCCUGAUUCACCAGUUUAUGCUAAUUUACAAGAACUGAAAAUAUCUCAGUCUGCACUUCCACCACUGCCUACAAGUGCUCCAGUCCAAAUAAAUGGGGAAUGGGAAACCCAUAAAGAUACGACAGGACGCUGUUAUUACUACAACAGAGGAUCACAGGAACGAACCUGGAAACCUCCACGUUGGGCCCGAGAUGCAAGCAUUAAUAAAGGGGAUUCCCAGAGCCAUGCAGAUCAUGAGCAUCUUUCAUCAGAAGAAAACGACCACAGUUCUUGUUACAGCCAGUCAGAUAGUCAGUAUGGUUCUCCUCCAAAGGGUUGGUCAGAAGAGUUGGAUGAACAUGGUCAAACCUUAUAUACCAAUGACUAUACUAAUGAAAAGUGGAUAAAACACGCCGAUGAACAGGGCAGACCAUACUACUACAGUGCUGAUGGUUCCCGAUCAGAAUGGGAGUUACCCAAGUAUAAUGCUUCACCACAGCAGCAGAGAGAUAUAAUAAAGAGUAGGAGUCUGGACAGGAGGCUACAAGAACCAAUAGUUUUAACAAAAUGGAGACACAGCACAAUUGUGUUGGACACCAACGAUAAGGAAUCAUCAACUGCCUCUAAGGCCAAUUUGCCUGAAAAUGAGUGUUCACCUUCAUCACCAAAGCAUCAAGCCACAGGCCAAGAGAAGUAUGGGUUAUUGAAUGUGACAAAAAUUACAGAAAAUGGGAAGAAAGUUCGAAAGAACUGGAUGUCAUCAUGGGCGGUGUUACAAGGUUCAUCGCUGCUGUUCACUAAAACCCAAGGAAGUGGAACUGGCUGGAAGUUUGGUGUCAAUCAGUCUAAGCCAGAAUUUACAGUGGAUCUCAAAGGGGCAUUGAUCGAAUGGGCUUCAAAAGACAAAUCCAGCAAAAAGAAUGUUAUUGAGCUGAAAACCCGCCAAGGAACUGAGCUCUUGAUUCAAUCUGACAAUGACAGCUUUAUUAAUGAAUGGUAUAAAGUUCUUAACUAUACCAUCAACAAUCCGGUGGUAGAGUCUGAUGAAGCAGUAGAAGAUGAGAUACCAGAUUCCCCUGGGGUGGAAAAACAAGACAAAGAAAAAGAGAAAGAGAAUAAGGACUCUAAGAAACUGCGUUCAGUGAAAGCACCUAGCAAUAUAGAUUCCACAGAUCAGAAGAAGACCAAAACAAAGCUCAAGAAGUUUCUCACACGGCGUCCUACGUUACAAGCUGUCCGUGAAAAAGGCUACAUUAAGGAUCAAGUGUUUGGUUCCAAUCUCACCAGCUUGUGUCAAAGAGAAAACAGCACGGUGCCAAAGUUCGUCAAGCUGUGCAUUGAGCAUGUUGAGGAACAUGGAUUAGAUGUUGAUGGCUUGUACCGUGUCAGUGGCAAUCUUGCAGUGAUACAGAAGCUGCGAUUUGCAGUCAAUCAUGAUGAGAAACUAGACCUGAAUGACAGUAAAUGGGAAGAUAUACAUGUCAUCACGGGAGCUCUGAAGAUGUUUUUCAGAGAACUGCCAGAGCCACUCUUCACUUAUAAUCACUUCAAUGACUUUGUCAAUGCAAUUAAACAAGAACCAAGACAUCGUGUCCAUGCAGUUAAAGAUUUAAUCAAACAGUUGCCAAAGCCAAACCAGGAUACUAUGCAGGUACUCUUUAGGCACCUCAAGAGAGUUGUAGAAAACGGAGAGAAGAACCGAAUGACCUAUCAAAGUGUAGCAAUAGUUUUUGGUCCAACCUUAUUAAAACCAGAGAAAGAGACUGGUAACAUAGCAGUCCACACAGUGUACCAGAAUCAGAUUGUAGAAUUAAUUCUGCUGGAAUUGAAUUCCAUCUUUGGACGCUGACAUUUUUCUUGGAGUAGAAACUGGAAGUGAUCGGUUGGCAGCAGUACUCCAUCAGAAGGAAAAUCUCUCGCUGUACAUGAUGUAUUAUGUUUGUGGACCAAGCAGCAACUUGUUUUUUUGCACUUUUGGGGAGAGGAGAAACAGGAGAAAUGUUUGACCACUUUAAUGCGAAUUAAAGACAACACUUUGGAUUUAUUUGAAAAGUUCAGUGUGAAAGUGAAUUGAGAAGUUUAUAGUUUGCCUUUUUUUUUUAAGUAGCAUUGGAAAAAUGUAACAUAGGUUCAUACACUGGAUUUCUUGGAGAGUAAAGCUAUUAAUCUCAAACUGGAUAAUCUGGAAUUUAAUCUUAAAGUUCUUUCACUUGAUAGGGAAAAGUCCUACCAACUGGUAUAGAAAAAUUCAGUGAAGUUACAUCUUCAGCUUGUGUAUUACAACCUACUCGGAUCUCUAUGACGCUUUUCCAGGGGGUUUCUGCAUGCAGUGACUGUCUUAAACUUGUGCUAGCAGUUUGAUUUAGCUACUCCAAUCUAUUUCUUCACUUGAUAUCUGAUGUCCUUCCCCCCAUACCCCUUCCCCCUCAUUUUCAUUUCUUUUUCCUUUGCUUUCUUUGUUUUCCCCAGCAACCUUUCUGGAGCCUUGUAGUUGCUUUUCUAGAACAGCACACUAUUUCAAACACUGAACUUGUAAGAAUGUCCAGUAAUCGAUAUAUGUCCUGUGGCAUAAUAGAAGUCAUAUUUAAUAAACAUGUUCAUUUUCUCAGGGUAUUUCCUGAGCUAAGUUUUGUCUUAUACUGAUUUAAAGCUAAAGUCCUAAAGUAAAUACCAACUGUAACACUGUACUGAGUUCUUGGUAUGAUGCUGUGGUAGUGGAAGUUUCUUGAUGUAAAUACAGGUGGUCCUUUUGAUUCUUGUAUAUAAUUCAGUUCCUGUAUAGUUGAAGAAGGUUUUAGUCACACAUUUCUAAUCAUGGGUAGGUUAGCUACAGUAGCUUAAUGUUUCCAGUGGAUGUCUGGGUUUCAGCAAGGGAAAGAGGUUAUGGGGAGGGACGGGGGGACCUAACUGUGUGCACUUUUAGAUGUUAAUUACAUUUGCGGGCAAAUAACUGUAAUGCAAAUGGUACUGGAGAAAUACUGAGUGUGCUUGCUAAAUUGUUAAUGCACUACAAGAGGAGCCUUUUUAGGUUAUUUAAUAUGUACAGGAUACAUUAGAAAAAUGUAUAAUGAAUUCUAACAUCUACAAAUAGUGAAACUCAUGUUUUGAUAGCUAGAUGUUUGAUGGAACCCAUGAUGCUAAAUUUAAGAGGUUUUUUUCUUUUUACUUUAAUGUAGAAUAAUUUGUAAAAUUGGUUUUGAAAGAUUUUGUUACAGGGAGCAUGGUCUGCUGAAGAUUUUUUUAAAUGUAUUUUUCUAGACUAACUGCUGUAUCUGACAUAUUUGUUAUGUCUAACCUGAAUAAAGAAAACCAUUAGUUCUCUUA